AUGAGACUCAACCAGCUCGUUCUCCUCGCUGCCGCGGCUGGAUCCGCAGCAGCGGCUCCGUCAAAAAACUUUGCGAAGAGAGCAUCUCCCUUCCAAUGGUUCGGAGCGAGCGAGUCGGGCGCGGAAUUCGGUUCAACCAGUAUUCCCGGUAUUUAUGGAAUCGAUUUCAUCUUCCCCGACCUGAGCACCAUUCAGACCCUCAUAAGCAAUGGCAUGAAUAUCUUCCGGGUGACCUUCCUGAUGGAACGGCUUGUGCCGACUUCUAUGACCGGGUCCUUUGACGAGGGCUAUCUGCAGAACCUCACUACAGUUGUCAAUACCAUUACUGAUGCAGGCGCGCAUGCUGUGCUGGAUCCACAUAACUACGGAAGAUACAAUGGAGAUAUCAUUACCAGCACCUCGGACUUCCAGACUUUCUGGACGAAUGUCGCAGGCCAGUUCAAGUCGAACGACCUGGCCAUCUUUGACACGAACAACGAAUACCACGACAUGGACCAAACCCUCGUGCUAAACCUCAACCAAGCCGCCAUUGACGGUAUCCGCGCAGCGGGAGCGACCUCGCAAUACAUCUUCGUCGAGGGCAACUCCUACACGGGCGCAUGGACCUGGACGACCGUUAACGACAACAUGAAGGCCCUCACGGAUCCGCAGAACAAGAUCGUCUACGAGAUGCAUCAAUACCUCGACUCCGACGGCUCUGGCACCAGCGCAGACUGCGUCUCGACCACAAUUGGCGUAGAGCGAGUCACGAACGCAACGCAGUGGCUCAAGGACAACAGCAAAGUCGGCGUCCUAGGCGAGUUCGCCGGCGGGGUCAAUGAUGUGUGCGAGACUGCCAUCACGGGUAUGUUGGAUUAUCUGGCUGAUAACACUGAUGUCUGGACCGGGGCUAUGUGGUGGGCUGCUGGACCUUGGUGGGGGGACUACAUGUUUAGCAUGGAGCCGCCUAGUGGAGCCGCCUAUACGGGGAUGAUGUCUACUCUGCAGCCGUAUCUGUAA